CGCCGUGCGCACAUAGACAGUAAUUUCUCAAGCGUCUCUCAAAGAUGGCGGGCGUCCCCGAUCCACUGGAAGAUAUGCUCUACUCCGAAGUGGACGAAAAAGCCGUCAGUGACCUUGUAGGCUCGUUAGAAUCGCAGUUGGGUGGACAAAACAAGGCGGUCGGUCCUCAAGGCGACACUAGGAGACCCUCAAACACGCUAAAUCCACACUUGGGUAAACUGCCGCCCGCCCAAGUAGGAACAACACUGGAGCAGCAGCGACAGCCAGAGCGAAACCAGGAGGGAAACUCUGAAGAGAACGGUCCGGGUAGGAUACCAGCGUCCAGUUCUGUCCCGUCCACCUCGAACCUGACUAACACCUCUGCGAAUUCGGUUGCAGUCGCGAAACGGGUGCAAUAUCAUUCAUCAAGCCCAUCAACUUGUUCAAGUGACGCAGCACCUACAGACUCUCACGCCAAUACAAAUCACAUCGCGUCUGCUGUCCGGACGGUUCCCGCCAGAAUACAGACUGUGAACGGAAGCAGUGGCACGUUAAACUCUUCUGUCAUCGCUUCUGCUCCUGCUUCUGUGAACGGAAUUGACAUUGGUUCAGGUGUAGGUAAUGGUAAAAGCGACAUGUCUGCUCCUACUAGUACAAAUACUGCUUUUGUGCCUGCUCAGCCCAGCAGCACACUGCCACAUGCGAAUAUGUCACUAGAUAGUCAAGCAAACCCCACCAUUGCACUGCACAGGCCUCCUAACACCAUCACAAGUAUCGUACACAACGGAGGUGACCCCAAAGUCUCAGGAUUGCCCGUGCAGGGUGCCGGUCUUGUGCCCACAUCUGUGGCAUUCACAAACACAGAGCCCAAACCUGAUCUUCAAAACCAGAUUAAAGCCAUCGUCCCGAACAAGCUUCCCGGGACUCCCGUAGGAUUGCGCCCCAGCACUCCCACUCAGAUUAUAGUGUCGUCCAGUCCAGUGGUGACCUCACUUCCUGUGGCAAGCACACCCUCUGUCCUUGCAAAGCCAGCAACGACUGCUCUCGUAGGACAGCCUACGACCCUGUUGAGACCCGGUACCCCCAUUCAGGGGACGGCGACUGCGGUGCCCCCACAGCGUCCAGGGGCUCCUACGACCCAGCUGAUCGUCAGACCGCAGCAACAAACUACCAUUCAGUUACCGCCGGGAUUCACCAUACCUCCAGGUAUGGUGCUGGUACGCACGGAGGCUGGACAGCUGGCACUGGUUCCUCAGCAGGUCCUAGCCCAGGCCAAAGCUCAGAACCAAAAUAAAGGCACCCUGUCACCAAGACCUGCUACACCCACCGCUGGAACGGCUUUCAGAGUCACUACACCUGUUGCCCAGCAGAAGACAGCAGUGGUGACAAUCACCUCGGCUCAGAAGCCCACCACCACAGUCAUUACAGCAGGGGCCCGUGUGCAGCCUGCGCCGCAGACAGUCCUCAAGCCCUCCGUGUCCCCUCAGAGUCCCAUCACCACCCCUGCUGCUGCCCCAGCUAACAGAGCCCCUGUCCUCUCUCAGGAAAUGCAAGAGAAUGUAAAGAAGUGCAGGAACUUCCUAGCGACGCUCAUCAAACUGGCAUCCCAUAAUUCCCCCUCGCCAGAAACAUCUCGGAAUGUGAAGGCACUAGUGCAGGAUCUGCUGGACGCAAAAAUUGAGCCUGAGGAGUUUACAAAUCGCCUUCAGACGGAGUUGAAAUCAUCUCCUCAACCGUACCUGAUCCCUUUUUUGAAGAAAAGCCUGCCUGCUCUGCGUCUGACUCUUCUGAAUUCCCAGCAAUCUUUAACUCAGCUGUCUCAGACUGCUACUACAUCCACCCCACUGUCGGUGAACACAAUUAAAGCUCCAGCGCCGAGCACACAGCCCACCACUGUAUCUGCCAUCAGACCAGCUGCUGCCCUGGCUUCCACUACAACCAUGGCUGUUAAGAGGCCUGGGGUUCAGGCUACUCCGACACGGAUGCCGAUGGUGAUUACACAGACAGUCCGUGCUCAAGGUGCUUUUGGGACACCCUUGCAAGUGAGGAGCCCCAUGAGUGUGGCUGUUCAAGCCAUGGCCAAUCAGAAACAGAAGCUGAAUGACCCCGGGGGUGGGACUUUCAGGGAUGAUGAUGACAUCAAUGACGUGGCGUCCAUGGCUGGUGUGAACCUAAAUGAGGAGAACGCCCGUAUCUUGGCCACAGGUUCAGAGCUGGUGGGCACCCAGAUCCAUUCCUGUAAGGACGAGGCCUUCCUUCCUGCCAGCCUGCUACACAAACGGCUCCUGGAGACUGCCAAGAAGUUCGGCGUGACAGAGAUGUCAAUGGAGACGGUCACUCUCAUUUCUCACGCCACUCAGUCCAGGCUGCGCUCCAUGCUGGAGAAAGUCUCGGCCGUUGCGCAACACCGCGCUGACGCCUGCAAAGAUGAGGAGCUGUACGAGCAGGCAUCAGAUGUGCGGACCCAGCUGAAAUUCUUUGAGCAGCUGGAGAAGAUUGAGAAGCAGAGGAAAGAUGAUGAAGAACGGGAGCUGCUCAUGAAAGCCGCAAAAAGUCGCUCGAGGCAGGAGGAUCCCGAACAGGCUCGGCUUAAACAGAAAGCUAAAGAGAUGCAGCAGCAGGAACUCGCCCAGAUGAGACAGCGGGAUGCCAACCUCACAGCCCUAGCCGCCAUCGGACCCCGCAAGAAACGCAAGCUUGACUCUCCUGGGGCCUCAGCAGGUGCAGAGUUUCCUGCAGGCUCCUCCGGAUCAGCGACCGGUUCUACCUCAUCCUCCACAUCCUCAGUCCGGCAGACCCGGCAGCGCGUCACCCGGGUCAACCUCAGGGACUUGAUCUUCUGCUUGGAGCAGGAGCGAACCACAGCCAGGUCCAUGCUGCUCUACAAGGCCCUUCUGAAGUAG